GACUCUCACCCUUCUCUUUUUUCUUCUCACUGCAAACAUGAAUUCAUCCACUUCAUUGUUACGGUCCUACAGUGCACCUUCCACGUCUGAUGGCAAGGGCUCCAUCUAUGUGUCAGGCGCCGAUGGCGAAAAGGGUUCACAUAUUGUCCAACAUCUUUUGGACCUGCCGCAGCGUCAUCCCCAUUUACCACCUUAUCCCGUCUUUGCUGGUGUACCAGACGCUUCAACAUCCAACGCUCAAGUUCUUCAAAGAAAAGGAGCUCAUCUUGUAGAAUUCGAUAUUUUUGAACAACCCGAGAAGGCUGUCGACGCACUUCAGGGCAUGGCCAAGCUUAUUUUGGUAGUGGAUCCUCUUAGUGACCGAAUUACUCGCAACAACGCCUUUGAUUAUGCUAGAGCAUACAUUGAUGCAGCCAAGCAAGCCAAGGUCAGCCACGUCAUUUUCUUGACUCCCUUCAGUCCUUUGGAUCCCUCAACCUCUCCCAAUGUUACACCACCACUUACACCUCCCAGCCAUGAUGGUCAAAAGCGCAGCCUACUUUCUCAAGCAACAUCUUACCGAUCACAGUUCUUGAUGGUCGAGUCUCACUUGCAGUUGCAGUUUCCUGCAUCUCAAAUCACUAUUCUGCGUUAUCCAGGAAUUCUACAUCAACAUUUGGUGUUCUUUGCUAAGCACAUCAUCACGCAUAACUCAUUCCCUCUGCCAGGCAAGCAACUGCAAAUCACCGUUGAGUCUUGCAAUAUGCAAGACAUUGCCAGAGCCGUGUCUUUUAUUGCCUUUUCCCCCACCACCCGACACUCUUCCAGCGUUUAUAAGCUGACCGGUCCACAGCUGUUGACUUUGCAAGAAUUGAGCGAACGUGUGUCAGCCGGCUUGGGCCGAGACUUACCGGUGGAUGCCAUGGAUAUGCGACGACUCAGAGAUGUGCUUAGUGAGACCAUGGGUUCGGACGAUAAGGCUAUUUUCCUGUUGGAAAUGUGGGGCUUGCAGCAACGCCUGGAGGGUCGACGAUUCGAGGUUACCCGUGAUCUGGAACAACUCACUGGUCAGAGUGGUAAAACCAUUGGCGAUUACUUCAAGGACGAUAAUGUCAAGCACAUUUUUACUCCUGGAGGAGGGGCGGGUCCCCAUCCUUCUGCGUCGAACACGGCGCCGGCUACUGUCCCUAUUGCCUAAACGCUUUCUAUACUGUAUCUAUACCCUCACCACACCCCCUUUUUUCUCUGGUUUCUUUUCCAUUCUUCUCUUUUUCUGUACAUAACCUCGAAGCCCAACUUUUUUCAAUAUAUAUAAAAACUUUUUCAACCGCUCUCUUCAAACCAGCGUUGUAUG